AUGUUGUCGCGCAGUGUAUUCCGAGCUGCUGCUCAGGGUUGCCGUCACCCCGCAGCUCGUACUGCAGCGCUAGUAGCUUCCGCGCGCAUCGAGGGUCGCAGAUACGUCUCCGUGUAUGGCUACACACAAUCCAAGGCUUUGGUCUACUCGAAAUAUGGCGAGCCGAAGGAUGUGCUCAGCCUACACAAGCAUUCGAUCUCCGCGCCGCAUGGCACCCAGGUCAACCUUCGCCUUCUCACGGCACCCAUGAACCCCGCCGACGUCAACCAGAUCCAGGGCGUAUACCCCAGCAAACCUCCAUUCCAAAAUACCCUCGGCACCGCUGAGCCGUCCGCAGUCGGCGGAAACGAAGGCGCCUUCGAGGUCAUUUCUACGGGCGCCGGCGUCAAGAAUCUCACCAAAGGCGAUUGGGUUAUCAUGAAGCGCACCGGCCAGGGAACCUGGCGCACACACGCCCAGCUGGAUGAGUCUCAGCUAAUCCGCAUUGAGAACAAGGAGGGCUUGUCGCCGCUGCAGGUUGGUACCGUGAGCGUCAACCCGGUGACCGCCUACCGCAUGAUCCGCGAUUUCUGCGAGUGGGACUGGAUGCGCGCCGGCGAGGAAUGGCUCAUCCAGAACGGGGCCAACAGUGGCGUUGGCCGCGCUGCGAUCCAGCUCGGCCGUGAGUGGGGGAUCAAGACGCUGAACGUGGUGCGCCAGCGGAACACCCCCGAGGAGACCGAGGCCCUCAAGCAGGAGCUGAAGGACCUGGGUGCGACCGCGGUCGUCACCGAGGAGGAGAUGUUGACCGGUGGCUUCCGGGAUAUGGUGCACGAGUUCACCCGCCAGGGUCGCGAGCCCAUUCGCCUUGCAUUGAACUGUGUGGGUGGAAAGAACGCCACAGCCCUGGCGAAGACCCUGGCACCAGACUCGCACAUGGUGACCUAUGGUGCCAUGUCGAAGCAGCCGGUUGCUCUGCCUUCCGGGCUGCUGAUCUUCAAGAAUCUCGUGUUCGACGGGUUCUGGGUUAGCAAGUGGGGAGACAAGAACCCGGAACUCAAGGAGAACACGAUCAAGGAUGUGUUGCAGCUGACCCGGGCUGGUCGGUUCAAGGAUAUCCCCGUGGAUGAGGUCAAGUGGAACUGGGACUCUGAAGGUUCGGCGCUGGCAGAGAGCGUUCAGGGCACGCUGGGUGGUUACCGUAGCGGGAAGGGCGUGUUUACUUUCACCGGCGGCGACGAGUAG